AAUAUCUAAGCGAUCAAUUAACAAAAUGCAUAAUAAGUAUGACCGAGAACGAAAAGUUUUAUACUUCAAUACUCUCUGAUACUAGUCAGGAAAUUUUGUUGAGUCAAUUAAUAGAGUCUUUGUCUGAAACACAACAAGAAUUAGUUAAUAAAGAAUGGGGUAAGGAUUACCUAGAUAGACUUACAUCUCUAUCCCUAGAAUCACUUAAACACGAGCCUAUUUUAGUUAAAGAUGAAGAAUCUAAAAUUCAAAAAGAGUUGGCAGAACUUUCUUUUCGUGAAUAUAAGUCAUGUAUUCAUGUUAAUAGUUGUUACGCCGAUAUUAAUAAUUCUUUAGAUAAUUUAUCUUCACAAUUAUCCAUUCUAACUGCAGAAAUACCGUUGUUAGAAACUUCCUCCGAGUCUUUUUCUCAACAAACUAAACAAAUAUCAUUGCAGCGUAAUAAAAUUAAUACAAUUUUAGAACAUCAUGAUAAUUUAUUAGAAAUUUUGGAAAUUCCACAAUUAAUGGAUACUUGUGUUCGAAAUGGUCUAUAUUCCGAAGUCAUGGAUUUAUCACAACAUGUUGCUAGACUUGUCUCAAAACAUUCUAAUAUACCUUUGAUUCAACAAAUUGAGCAAGAUGUUAAACAAACAAUGCAAUUAAUGUUAUCAAAAUUAAUUUCCCUUUUAAGAGAACAAAUCAAGUUGCCAAGCUGUCUAAAAGUAAUUGGUUACCUGAGACGUAUGGAAGCAUUCGAUGAAGCAGAAUUACGUCUUGUAUUUUUGCUCUCUAGAGAUGCCUAUUUACAGUCUUUAAUUCAUACAAUUGAUAAAGAAAGGAAAGAUCCUGUACAUUAUUUGAAAAAAUGGAUCGAUAUCUUUAGGGAACAUUUUUUUGAUAUAGUUACUCAGUACAGAACAAUUUUUGCAGAUGAUGUAGGUGGACUUGCUUCAACACCUAUUUAUUCUUCAUUUAUUAUUCCACGAUCUCCUUCAUCCCCAUGGACGACGGCAUCUUCAGAUUCUAACGAAUAUUCUUCUGGAAGACGUAAUUUAACAGCAACUUCUGUUCUCGCCGAUUACACAAUUCAUAUUCUUGAUCAAUUAACUUUAGUUCUUGCCGAGUUCACUCCUCUUAUUACAGACACUCAAUCUCUUUCUUCAAUAUUGACACAACUUAUGUAUUGUGGAAUGUCAUUUGGUCGAGUCGGUGUUGAUUUUAGACAUCUUGUGACAGGCUAUUUUGAAGAAGCUGUUGAAAGAAUAGUUAAGAAAAUCAUAUCGGAUGGUACACAAGUAUUUUUAGACGAAUUGAAUGAAGCUAUUAAGAACGUAAAUAUUCCAAACACAUGGAUGAUUAGUGAUAAAAAAUCUGUCAAUUUGUUUGAAUCCAUCCCUUCAAUACGACCUUCAUCAUCAUCAUCAAUUUCCUCAACAAAUUCAUCAACAACUGUGACUUCGUCAUUCACGCCAUUGGUUAUUUUAUUAGAUUAUCCGCCUAUUGCUUAUUUAACGAAUGCUUAUUUAACAGCUUUUAAUUCACUUCGUGUAAUAGCUCCAACAUCAUUAUAUUAUACUCUUGGUGCUUAUCUUUUCCAGAACCUCUUGACAAUAUCCGAGUCCUUACGUGAUUACGGAAAACUUCUCAUUCAAAAUAAUCAUGAUACAACAGUACUUCAAGGGUUUAACGCAACAUUUGCUAAAAGUUUUGUACCUUUUAUUACAAGAUGUUAUGUGGAUGGAGUUUACGGAGGAUCAUUAGGAGACGAAGCUCAUUUAAAGGUUAUUGACCAAGCUAAGAUAUUAGAUACUUUAAAAGAAUUUUUACCUGCUUCAAUUAAUAUAUCAAAUAAAGUUGAUAUCUGAAAUUAUUCUUUAAUUAAUUUAAAUAAUUAAUAGUCAACUAAUCAACUUUAGUCAACCACAAAUCACAUUUAAAAUUUUCUUUCUUUUUAACUUAUUGAUCCAUUUACACUAACUGCAAAGCUUGUACCUCUAAUACUAUAAUGAACUGAUGCUGCUAUCUUAAAUAUGAACCUACUUUUGCUAUCUUAAAUAUGAACCUUUAUUAUAAGUUAAUUUAAAGUGAAAAUUUGUAUUCGAAAACUUUUUAAUAAUAUCAAAGUAUUUAGAAAUUAUAAAAUUAAAAUACU